UUAAAUGAAGAAUUCAAUGCUUUGCUGCGUUGAAACGUACUGAUUAGAUUUUAGCAGAUGAAAAAGUAAACAAAGAGAAACAAUUUACUUUUGUGACCUUAUGAAAUGGUUACGUCGACUUGUCAAUUUUUUCCCUUCAUUAACAGUGAACGUUGUUGUUCCUGAAAUCCUAUUUUUUCCAAAUCGAUUCGUGAUCGUGAAAAAUGACUGAUUCAUCGAAAAUAAAGCGUUUUUAUCGGGGCAUAGCCAAUGAUUGUUAUAAGUGUGAAGGUGAUUUUAUAAUUUGUAACAUCGAUUCUACUCGAAACUGUACGCACAAAAAAUUAAAAAGGAGUUAUGAUCCCGGAAAUUUUGUUAAGCAUUUACGAAAUGUGCAUCCGGAAAAGGCUCAUGAAUACGGACUACUGAAGCAAGGAUAUGCACCAGAAAAGAAAAGGAAAAUUCUUAAAACAUCAAUAGCACUCGACAGACAAGCUGUGGUUGAAUCUUUGGUAAAAAUGGUAUCACUUCAUCACUUGCCUCUAUGCGCCGUUGAAUGGGAAGGUUUUCGAGAACUGCUAGAUCCAAUUUGCGAAGCACAUAAAUUUAAAAUCAAUCGAGACAAUAUCUCCCGCCAUAUUGAACAAUGCGCAGUAAAUAUUAGGGAAAAAAUUGCAGCUGAAAUGCAAGGUCGAUUAAUAUGCAUUAAAGUCGACUCUGCGUCCCGAUAUGGCCGUCAUGUAGUGGGCAUAAAUGCGCAAUAUAAUAAAGAUGAUACUGUGAUUAUUAGAACCCUAGGUAAGGCUAUUUUGAUUUGGCCAAAGUAGUAUAAGCAUAUAAAUGAUUUGUUUUGUAGCCAUGAUGGAAGUUAAAUGUCGCCAGACUGGUAAAUUCCUAAAGUCAAAAAUCGAUGAUGUACUGAAGAUGUACGGAGUCGCACAAGAACAACUAUUUAGUGUUACUUGUGACAACGGUGCUAAUAUGAUUGCCGCUGUUCGGGAGAUGCAGAAAGAUGCGGUUGCGUUCAUAGAUGAAGAAGCAGAUGCAGAUGAUGUAUUAUCUGAUCAGUCUAUGUUAGAGUACGAGAAAGAAAUUAGUUUGGUACGUUGUGCAGUGCAUACAAUGCAGUUGGCAGUGCACGACGUUGUUAAAACGUACGAUUCUAGCAUACGUGAAAUUGCUAAAGUAGCCGUAACUUGCCGGCAAAUAAUAUAUAAAAGCUCCUUCGAAAUACAUAAAACUCCAUUGCCACCACUAUUCUCUCGGACCAGAUGGGGAGGAGUUUACAUUAUGCUUGAACAUUUCAAGACACAUGAGCUUUUUUAUAGGGAAAUGGGAAGUUCAUACAACGUACUUGAUCUUGAUUCACAUUGGGAAUUCAUAUGUCAUUAUGUUGAGGCAUUCGAACCCAUUUUUAGGUGCACUAAAGAAAUGCAGUCGAAGCAUGUCAGCUUAUCUUGCUUCUAUAUUCAGUGGCUGAAGGCCAUUAUGGAAGUUAAAAAGAUAGCGUCCAAUGCAUUAACAACAAAAUUAGUAUCUGCUUUAACCGUCAGAUUAAGUGGUUUGAAAACUAGUAUGGUUUUCAAAGCAUGUAUGUGUUGGAUCCCAGAUUAAAUUAUUUGAAUUCAAAUAUUCUGACUGUGGAGGAUAAACUAGA